GACGCUCCACAUUAAUUUUUCACACUAGGCUACCUUUUUCAUUAUUAUUAUAAAGUCAUGUCUGACGCUGCUGUUGCUACCCCAGCCAAGGCUGCUCCCAAGAAGAAGGCUCCAUCCAAGCCAAAAGCUCCCGCUGCUCACCCUCAGUACAAGGUGAUGGUCGCUGCCGCCAUCUCUGCACUGAAAGAGCGCGGUGGUUCAUCUCGCCAGGCUAUCCUCAAGUACAUUAUUGCCAACUACAAAGUCGGGGAUAACCCAACUGCCGUCAACGCUCGUGUCAAGACUGCUCUGAGAGCUGGUGUCAAAGAUGGCACUCUAAAACAAGCAAAGGGCACUGGUGCUGCCGGUUCUUUCCGUCUGGGAGACAAGAAAAUUGAGAAGAAACCCGUCAAGAAAGUUGCCAAGAAACCCAAAUCUCCCAAGAAAGCCGCGAAACCCAAGAAAGCCGCUGCCAAGAAACCAAAGUCUCCAAAGAAGGCUGCUGCCAAGAAACCAGCCACUAAAAAAGCUGCUGCCAAGCCUAAAAAAGCUACCAAGAGCCCUGCCAAAAAGGCUGCCAAGCCUAAAGUAGCCAAGAAGCCAGCAGCAAAGAAAGCUGCCGCCAAGAAGUAAAUUGGUUUUGUUCCAGUUUCACGGCUGACUGGUCCUUUUCAGGACCACCCCAUUCCUCCAGAUGGUUGGAAACUUUAGUCUUGAGAUGAAACCAAACCAAAAUUCGGUGUGCCGGGUGCUUUGUCCUCUUUUUCUGCUUUCCUAUUAGAAUUAGUAGGCCUAUAUACAUGUAUCAUCUUUCACGAUGGAGUGGGCUCUACACUUUUCUAGCAAUGCACUUUCCAGUUAGGCUACCCGAUCCCCAAAUUAGUCACUGCGUUGAAACCGCUCCCCCAGGGACGAACAUGAUUACCUCAGUGGGCUACGACUACGUG